AUGUUACCGUAUAGAUUAACAGGAUCCGCAGCAUUCUUGAAUAAAAAAAAGUCCCGCCAACAACGGUGGUUGAUCCUGCGGUCCGAAUUAUUCAGGGCGAAGGCAGUUAGGACCGACAGAUUCAGUUGGAAAUAUACUUUAACGACGGAAUCUGUCGUCCCGACCGCAGUGCACCAACCACCACCACCUCUAAUACCGCUAGUACGGCCAGUACCUCCAGCACCGCCAGCACCGCCAUUACCGCCAACACCACCACCACCGCCAACACCACCACCACCGCCAACACCAUCACCACCGCCAACACCAUCGUCACACCCAUUGCCACAUCCAUCGCCACAACCAUCGCCACCACCAUCGCCACCACCAUCGCCACCACCAUCGUCACAACCAUCGCCACCACCACCAACGUCGCCACGACUUCCUUCGGCAGAUCAUGCUGAGAGCAGUUGCGGCAAACGCACUGGAUCUCAGCACGAUAAAUACUGCCGCGCCCGAUUUCGGAAAUCAGACGCGCCAGUAUCUGCUGAAGCGUGCCCGUGA